GAAGUGCUGCAUGGGGACACAGGUGAACUCUUGGCCACAGAGACCAACGAGAGGCGGUUCAUGGCGGAAGGGGUAAGGAGAAUACCGUUGGGCAUGAAAGAAGGGAGAAUUCGGGGAGUCCUCUUUCUACCACCCGGGCAGGGUCCAUUCCCCGGUGUACUGGAUGUGUAUACUCUGGGUGGAGGUAUAUCAGAGGUUCGAGCCAGUCUGCUGGCUAACAAAGGCUUUGUGGUUCUGGCUCUGGCCUACUAUGGCUUCCAGGACCUGCCCAGAACCUUGCCCAAAUACUUUGACCUGGAGUACUUUGAAGAGGCUAUCACUUUCCUGAGGCGACAGCCACAGGUACAGGGUCCAGGAAUAGGAAUCCUGUCCAUCUCGAAGAGUGGGGAUCUGGCUCUGUCCAUGGCCUCUUUUCUCUCUGGCAUCUCAGCCACAGCCUGGAUCAACGGCAGCAACGCUAAUAUGGUGGCGCCACUGCACUACAAAGACCUCAUCAUCCCUUCCAUCACGCCUAUCGUUGAGAACGUCACCUUCUCACCGUCCGGCAUCCUCGACAUCCGAGACACCUUACCGGACCCAGAGACUGAGGGGAACCGCGGUUCUGUGAUCCCAAUAGAACGUUCCAAUUCUAGGUUCCUCUUCGCUGCCUCUGAGGACGACAGAAACUGGAACAGCUGUCUCUUCGCCCAACAGGCCGCCGCCCGGCUGAGGCAUCAUGGGAAAGAGAACUUUGAGGUGGUGAUGUACCCCAGGGCGGGGCAUUUUCUGGAAGUACCCUACAUGCCCCACUGCCCGUCAGGCUUCCAUUCCGCGGUUGGUCAAGUGGUGGUGUUUGGGGGAGAGGCUAAAGCCCACCAUCAGGCUCAGCUGGACCUGUGGAGGAGGGUCCAGGAGUUCUUCAGGAAACACCUGGACAGGAACAACACUGCCCAGAAAGCUAUGUUAUAUACUAGAGGGUAAGACAAGGGUUUCCGUUAGGAACAUUUGGCACCGGACAACAUAACCGGGAAGAUUUUAAUUGACCAGACAUUGAGAAAUGUACUGGACAUCCGUAUGCAUUCAGAUCCGACUACAAAGAGAGAGGGAAAGAAACUGCCGACCUGGCGAGGCCAGUGCCAUCAAUAAACGAGGGAUAGCCUAUUGGCCAAAUGAGCCACAUUUUAGUUGUCCUUAACAGCCUAUAACAAAUUACAAAAACACUUCAGUGUUUUAGAUGUGUAGCAUAAGCAAACAUGUAUGGCCUAUUGUUUUAUUGGGUUUUACUUCCCUAAAACAUUUGUCCACCUCACGGUUCAGCUGUCGGGAUAUUUGAGCACUAAAUGCAUCAGGGCAUUGCAUGCAUAUGCCUAUAGGCUUAGACGUCCACCGUAUUAUAUGAAUAUUAAAAUAAAAAAAAACAUGUAAAAUAAGAGAAACUUAUUCCUUGCCCCAGAGACGGAGAGAGAUGUGGCAUGCUGCGACACCUCCAUGCAUUUGUCAGAUGGUUAGUGUCUGCAAGAGAUAGGUGUACAGAAGGAAGCUUAUUCAUUCAUAUUUUUUUAUAAAGAUACUCCUAUAAACAAUAUAAUGAUUAACUCUGGUAGGCCUAAAAUGUUCUUCCUCACAUAAACUUCAACUGUCAGUCGGUUGGAGCGUCGGUGCGCUCUGCUUUCAUAGUCCUGCAGCAGCCAAAGUUUAAUAGGCCUAAUAGCCGCACCAAACUUUAACAAAGGUUUCUAAACUUUAUUAGGGAAAUAUCAAAAGUCAUUGUUUGUAGAGAAAAUAUGAGCAGGCUAUUAUAUUGCAGUAAACACACCAUUAUACAUUAUAUGAUUUGGCCAUUGAAAAAAUAAAAUAAAAAUGUAACAGAAUUUAAACACACUUGUGAAGCAAUUACCAACAAACGCUAGUGCCUACCGUACCCAACAAAUGACAGCAAUAGGCUAAUAAUAUUUAUUUUACAACAGGCCCACUUUUUAACCUAUUUUAAACUAAAUACGAAGCACACACAGAUCGGACUUAAAACGAAAAUGUCUCAACAGAAUUAUACAAAACACGUUUUACAUAUUUCAAGAACUGGUUUAGAUUAAUAAAUAGGCCUACACUAAUAUCCAUAUACAAUAAUAGAGUAAUGAUAAAACAAAUUAUUAUAAAUAAGAAAAUAAAUACAAGUUCCAAAAUAGCGAGUUGCACAGGAGCCUGCAUUUGGACGUGCCAACGUUCUUCUAAUCUUUGUCUACUACAAUAUUAAAACUUGGUCACACAGAGGACAUUCCCCUUGUAAGCUUUUCACUGUAGACAUACUUUUUCCCCCUCUAACUUUCAUUUGACUUAAUAACCGAAGAAGGAUAGAAAGAAAUUGGUUAAUCUCCGCACUAUUGAGCAGGGCCGGACUACCGCAUUUGGGGCCCAGGGGCACAACAUUUUGCCAUGGUGCUGAGAAAAAAAUUAGCUGUUUUUUAUAAUGCUAUUCUACACACUUUGUUUGGAGGCUAAAAUAAAAUGUUGCAGUUUUAACGGUAAUUUUCUGCAAUUCUACACAAAUUGCUAUCAUAUGCUGUUCGGUAAUCUGUCCCUGCUAGUGACUAACAAAAUCAAUGGAGCCCUGUGUUAUUCAGCCAUGAUUACUACAAGUUUACAUAGCUGGCAAGACUAAUUUACCAAUCUAAAAAUUGUUAGCUAACAUGGCUAAUUGAGUGACUGACAUAUUAAAACUGCUGAUGCACAACCAAAUUGCACCUUGUGUAUUUUACUGAGGGUUGCAAAAUUAUGGGAACUUUAAAACAAAACAAAAACAUGGUUUUACAGAUAUCCUGGUUGGAGGAUUCUGGAUUUCCUGCUUAUUCCCUCCUGAUUCUGGGAAUCUGUUUUGGAAAUUGAUCUGUGGGCGUCAAAAUUAAUUAGAUGUUUUUGUUACUGCUUCUCAAGAGGGACAAACAGUAAUAUUGCAGUUUUUUCUAGUUUAUUUUAAGGGAGUAUGCGAGGCACAAACGUUCGCUUUGCAGAGUUCUGCUAGGAACAAACCAAACCUACUAUGCAGGCUUCUUAAAGGUUAGGGUUAGGUAAGGGUAGGAACGUCCCAAGGACCCCGGAUGGCACUAACCACAACCAAUAAUGCGAGAGGAGGACCCCACAUAAGAUAAUUAUUGUAGUAGGGUUGAACAUUUUGGGGAAUUUUUUAGAGGUGGAAACUUUCCGUGGGAAUAACGGAAAUAUAUGCAAAUUAAUAUUAAUACCAUUUUAAAUGUAGAUGUUUUUUGCAUUGGAUU